GGCCCUCUGUAAGCAGCUAUUACCGCGAAAGCCACCUCGGCUGCGACAGUCUGGGACGAGAGUGGAGGUCGGCCUGGUUCUCUGCGAUCCCGGCCUGGGUAAGGGGAAGAGAAAAAAGCUAAGAGCGUGACCUUACCUUGCGGCACUUGCCUGCUCCUCCUCGGGCCGCCGAGUUUGUUUGGAUUUGAUCUUCAGGUUGCUGCGGUCCGCACGCCGGCUCGCCUCGCGGGGUGAGAGGGAAGCACCCGUGCUUGUGUCUGGCACCUGCCCGGUCCGGACGACCGCCCGUCCGCUCCGCUAGUUCGCGGCUGCGUCCCUGAACCCGCGGGGUGGUGUUUGCGUUUGACCCGUGGGCGCCGGCGGCGGGGCACGCGGCCGAAGCCGGUGUCGGCCGGGCGGGGCAGGCGCGGCGGAGAGAGAGGGAGCGGGAGCCUUGGGAGUCCGGGCGCCGCCAUGGAACUGGGCCCGGAGCCCCCGCACCGCCGCCGCCUGCUCUUCGCCUGCAGCCCCCCUCCCACGCCGCAGCCCGUCGUGAAGACGCUGUUUGGCGCGCCAGCCGCCGGCGGACUGUCGCCUGUCACCAACCUGACGGUCACCAUGGAUCAGCUGCAGGGACUGGGCAGUGAGUGUGAGCAGCCACUGGAGGUGAAGAACAGCAGUCUGCAGAGAAUGGGCUCCUCCGAAUCAACGGAUUCAGGUUUCUGUCUGGAUUCUCCUGGGCCCUUGGACAGUAAAGAAAAUCUUGAAAAUCCCAUGAAGAGGAUAAAUUCCCUGCCUCCGAAGCUCUUGGGAUGCAGCCCAGCUCUGAAGAGGAGCCAUUCUGAUUCUCUUGACCAUGACAUCUUUCAGCUCAUCGACCAGGAUGAGAACAAGGAAAAUGAAGCCUUUGAGUUUAAGAAGCCAACAAGACCUGCAUCUCGUGGCUGCCUGCACUCUCAUGGACUUGAAGAGGGUAAAGAUCUCUUCACACAGAGGCAGAACUCUGCCCCAGCUCGAAUGCUUUCCUCAAAUGAAAGAGAUAGCAGCGAGCCUGGGAAUUUCAUUCCUCUUUUUAUGCCCCAGUCUCCUGUGACAGAUACUUUGUCUGACGAAGAUGAUGGCUUCAUGGACCUUCUUGAUGGAGAGAACCUAAAGAACGAUGAGGAGACCCCGUCGGGCAUGGCCAGCCUCUGGACAGCUCCCCUUGUAAUGAGAAGAACUACAAACUUCGGCAAUCGAUGCAAGCUGUUUGACUCCCCUUCCCCGUGUAGCUCCAGUACUCGGACAAUGUUGAAGAGACCAGAACGAUCUCAAGAGGAGUCUCCACGAGGAAAUACAAAGAGGAGGAAGAGCAUGACUGGGGCCAGUCCUGAAGAGGUAGCCAGUCCAGAGAAGGCCCAGGAGACCAUGCAUCAGUCUUUAUCCCUGGCAUCUUUCCCAAAAGGGACCAUCGAGAACAUUUUGGACAAUGACCCAAGGGACCUUAUCGGAGACUUCUCCAAGGCUUAUCUCUUUCAUACAGUUGCUGGGAAACAUCAGGAUUUAAAAUAUAUCUCUCCAGAAAUUAUGGCAUCUGUUUUGAAUGGCAAGUUUGCCAGCCUCAUUAAAGAGUUUGUUAUUAUUGACUGCCGGUACCCAUAUGAAUAUGAAGGAGGCCACAUCAAGGGUGCAGUGAACUUGCACAUGGAAGAAGACGUUGAAGACUUCUUGCUCAAGAAACCUAUUGUGCCUACUGAUGGCAAACGGGUCAUCGUCGUGUUCCACUGCGAGUUUUCUUCUGAGAGAGGUCCCCGCAUGUGCCGAUAUGUGAGAGAGCGAGAUCGGCUUGGUAACGAGUACCCCAAACUCCAUUACCCUGAGCUGUAUGUCCUGAAAGGGGGCUACAAGGAAUUCUUCUUGAAAUGCCAGUCUCACUGUGAGCCCCCCAGCUACCGACCAAUGCACCAUGAGGACUUUAAAGAAGACCUGAAGAAGUUCCGCACGAAGAGCCGGACCUGGGCAGGGGAGAAGAGCAAAAGGGAGAUGUACAGUCGCCUGAAGAAGCUCUGAGACGGUGGUGCAUGCAACAGCAGCCUGAGCUCCCUCCGUUCCUCCUACGAUCCCCAUUGGGCUGCAGAGAAACUUGAGCAAAGCGGUCAGCUAUGUGAUAUUUGGAGAGAAGGCCUGGGGCUUCCAUUCCUUGAACCUGCUUCCCACUCCGGAGGUUGGAGCCCCCAGGGCAUUCUAGUGGCUGUGCCUGGUCUGGCACUGUAAGACAUCCUCCCUCCAUGUCAGGACUGUGUCCCAAGGCUGUCACGGGCCAUAGUGCAGUCUCCGCAAGCUGUCAAGCUGUUUUCUGGCUCGUCAUCCUCCACAAUUGCAAGAAGCAGCUGGGGCCUCACUGGACUCUGGUCUUCCUCAUGAAGGGGGGCAGGGUAGAAAGAAGUAACGUGGACAGAAAUGCUGCUGGCCACAUACCAAAGACAGACUGGGAAGAAAAGGUCUUCGUGGGACAACUGUAUCUUUAAUUUAUUCAACUUCACCAAUUAUUUUAUUUUUUGUAACCGCUGGAGACUUUACUGCUUCAUUAAGUCAAAAUACUGCCAUUCUAGGUAGGGUUUUUAUCAUCCCAGGGACUACCUCUGCUUUUAAUUAAAAAAGAAAAGAAGGGAGUAAGAAAAGGCAAAGUUGUGAGUCAUGGGACAGAGAGCUAGGAGCUCUGUCACCCCCAGGAAGCACUGCCAUACUGGGGCUGCUGCUAUUUAAAUCCAAGGACUGAGUUACUGGUGGGAUGGGCACUGGACUCAGGCUUGGCUAUAGGACAUAAGCUACACCUCCCAGACCUACUUCUGGCAUUGAGAUCUGUUGGCGGGGGAGGUCCCUGUUCUUCACUCCAGUUCCCUACGGUGUUGGCUGGCAUAGGCAUCACCAUUGGGAAAGCAUUUCAGGCAGCUUUGGACCACCCCCAAGUCAGUUCUGGAAUGUAAUGUAGGUAUCCCAGGGUGUUGGGGUGGAGUAGGGGAUGGGUGGACCUCACCAACUGUCUCCCCUGGUUAUCUUGAUAACUCUUGGAUAGCUUUUGUUUUAAUUUUUGAAAAAUAGUCAUGAGUCAAAAGAGUAUCAAUCAGUGUUGGAUAGGCCACCCAGAUGUAGGGAGAGGGGCUGGGAGCCCUGGGCCUUUGGAGGGAGGGUGCUGGCAUAGAGGUGUCUGCAUCGAUUUUUUUUUUCUCAGGAGGGAGCGUGGUGGAUUUUGAAGGUAAAACUUUCUGAGUUUAUCAUGUUUUAAUUUGAGGGACAGGGAGUGAUGAAUCAUCACCAAUUGCCCCCUUAUCUAACUCCAAGGAAGUGGGGGUCUCAAAGGAUCCCCUCCUAAGGAGCUGGGGCUGCCUUGACUGAUUCUACACAGGCCUGCUUUUGGCACCUGCUCCUCCCCACCCUCAGGUGCCAGCCUCUGACACCAUCACUGUUCCUGUGGGGUAUAGCCAGGCUUUUCCUAUCAAGUGUCAGCUUUCCCUCAACCUCUGCGUCUUGUUCUGGGUAGAGAGGGAAUCUGAUACUGGAGAUGACUGGUUGCUAUAUUAUGGGUUUGAGUUGCUUUUGGAUAUAAAGGAAAGAGCAUGUGGAAAGGAGGAAAGAGGGCCUCAUCCUACACUUAUUGAGACAUACCAUUUGGUCUCUGAAAUUUUUAAGGAUUCUGUUACAUGCCUGAAGAGGGAGGGGGGUUGGCCUUCAAACUGUACCAACUUUGUUAACCAACUGUUGCAGGCUCUGAAAAUAAAAAUGAUCUUG